AUGUUGUCUUCUGAAGACACCGUCCUCAUUUUUGGAGCCACUGGCAACCAGGGCAGUGCAACCAUCCGUGGCCUUCUGGCCCUGUCACCAUCCACCACUAUCCAUGCCCUCGUCCGAGACCCUGACUCACCAAAAUCAAAGAACCUACAAACCCUCAGUCCCAACAUCCGGCUUUUCCCCGGCGACUUCGACUCGCCUGCCAGCCUCUCUGCUGCUGCUGCCAACACCACCGCCGCCUUCAUCAACGUUUCCAUGGUCUUCAGCGACUUUACCAUCGAGCAGAAACAUAUGCAGAACAUCCUGACCGCACUGGCCGCCGUGCCCACCAUGAAAAGGGUCGUCUAUGCCUCCGGGGCCGGAGCCAAGGAUCCCUCUGUGCCCGGUGCCUUGAAGAAUGUCAGUCCGGGCACAUUUCGCUACGCGUGGUUCGAAAACAAGUUCAACAAUGAAAUGGCUCUUCAACGCGAGGCAGAGAAGCAUGGCUGGGACUGGACGGUGCUGCAGCCAGCGGUAUUCCUGACCAACUGGUUGCCGCCGUUGGUGGGAUUCGUGUGGCCGCAGCUGGGCGAGCAUCGAAUUGCCACGUUGUUUCCGCGCGACUUCCGCCAUUAUUGGGUGGACCCAGAUGAUACGGGAAAGUUUGCAGCGAGGGCUUUGUUGCGGGAGGACAAUGGCGGGCUGCGUGCGUUGUGGGGCCAGACGCUGGAGUUAGCGAAUGAGUAUUUGACGCUUGGAGAGGUGUUGGCGAGGUUGGAGGAGGUGGCGAAGGGGAAGACGGGCAAGGACGUCAGUAUCGUCAUGGACAUAAAACCACUGGAUGAGGCGAGGAAGAAGAAAGACAACGAUGUCAAAGUCGACAGCGAGCUCUUUCAGAUUGAUAAUCCCCCAACCGCCGAUAUCGAAAGGGUGAGGAGCUUUGGCAUCGAGCUUCAGACGGUGAAGGGCUUCUUCGAGAGGGAGCAGGAGAGGCUACGGGAAGUUCUCAAGCUAUGA